CGCAAGUCGAAUUGAUCACGACGUCGACGCGUAGACGGUAGAUCGGGCCGCACCAAAGCGAGAGCUUGGCGUUGAGAGGCGCGCAGACUGGGAACGGCGCGUCAUCAGCAGCGGAGAGCGGGUCAUGUACAUCGGUGGAAGAGAUAGUCGCCGUGUCGGCGGAUUCCCAGACGACCAGGGAAUCCCACUCGAUGGGUGUCUCGCCUGCCAUUAUCGGACGGAUUCGAAAUGGUGCGACGCUUUAAGAUCCACUUGACAGAUGUCGUUCGAACAGGGGGAACAUUGGGUCGACAUUACAAAGCAAGUGAUGGUCGUUGAAGAAGAAUGUGACGUGUGUCGUUUGGCCGGACGUGGCUGGACAUCUGCGAACCCCACUCACCGAGGCGCUCCGACGACGUGGUGAGCGAAGGUGGCAACUAUCGGCGCCGUCGGAUCUGGUGUACGACAAACAUGUACUAUGAAUGACCAGCACUCGUGGCUGAAGCGCAUCGGUUCGGUUCGAACUUCGGAGCCCCUCGUUGUUCUGUUUGACAUUGCAUGCAUCUGGUUUCGCAAACAACCCCCUCGAAAUCAAAUACCACGAAAUUCAGCGAUCAACAGGCAAUAGCUCUUUUAGCUCACUGCCUUUUCGCAUGACCCCGCUCAUUCCGAUCUGAGCACUGACGCUCUGCGACUUUUCGUCGCCCACAACCGCAAGAACUUGCUGUGAGAACCAGUUGCCAGCUCUACAUUGGUCCCAUCAUAUUCUCUAGCCUCAUUCUCAAUUUGACCCUGUGCGUGACAGGCACUGUCAAAGGCAACUAACUACUUUAACUUACUACGAUGGCGAGUCGCUGCGCACGCAAGGGCACGAACCUUCGAGCAGCGAAGCGCUGGCUUGUGGACGAGAUGGAGAUUAUGGAGGCGCUGGCAGCCACGCGCCGCGUGCGCCCCAUCGACACCGUGGCCAGCAAACAGAAAUUACGCGUGUUGGGCGAAUUCUUCCCGUCUGUGGCAGUAGAUGUCCGCCGCGACGUGCUGGAGGCCGCUAACUACCGCGAGGAUGUGGCGGCCGCCAUGCUGAGCGACCUCACUCGCGAGACAGCGGCUAUCACCACCGCCUCGCGUAUGCAGGAGCCCACAGAGCUACUGUUUGUAGACUUGCACGCGGACGACGACGCAACAUCGGAGCUUGAGGACGAGGAGGACUGGAGUGAGGUGGCCUCUGCCAGCAACGGCACCGACGCAUGGGUCGUGAUCCAGGACGACUGGGAGGUCGUAGACAAGAACGGCGAGAAGGUGCGGACUUUCGCCGAUGUGCUGCAGACGACGCCCGCUCUACCGACGGCAGCUGCAGUGAUCAAUUCGAAGCCGCGACCAGCGAUACUGUCGCGACUCUCCAUUGUGGAGCACUCGCCUGUACCCAACUGCGGCCGCAUGUUGAAGAAGACGGAAAGCGACCCUGCACUGCCGACUUACGAGCUGGAGCGUGGCGUCAAGUCGUUCGGUGCACGGAAGCGCCAUCUACUGAAGCAUCGUCGGUAAAAGAAUGUGUUGAUGGGUUGAAUCGCGCUGGGGCGACAGCGGCAAUGGCCUCAGAUUUUAUUUUUUACUUUUUUUGGCAUCAUCGGCGCUCCACGACCGAGGCCGACUCGAAGAAGCGAACGACAUGGGCGGUGCAGACCUCCACUUCUAUCGAGUAGCACAGAGUACCAUAAUCUACCAUAAAGAUAAUAACAACAGAAGUAUACAAGGAUUUAUUCACUCGACAGAGUUGUUUCACG